UUCGACAAAUAAUCUUAUGUUUUCAGAUGUCUGCGAAUAUUGGAUCUACAUUGUUACGGCGGAUUUACUUUGCCAUGAAGACCAGGUGUUUCAUUUGAAAGAGGUGCAAGAAAUUAUAAAAACUGAAUUUAUGUCAUGGAUUAAGGAAUAUCUAUGGCAUUAUGAGCCUUUUAGAUUAGAAAUUUAUGAUAUACCAGGACCAGUCCAUUUGUAUGGAAAAACACAUUUCCGUGAAGGAAAUCAAGAUGAAUGGGCAAUAGUAUUCUUAUUAAGGGAAAUAACACGAAAUAUUAAAGACAUUUAUGUCAGAAUUAUAGAUUCGGAUGGAGAAUUUUUAUUGAUAGAGAGUUCAAGGAAGCUGCCUCGGUGGAUAAAUGAAAAAAAUUCAACAUAUCGUGUGUGGAUGAAUCAAGGACGAUUAUUAAUAAUUCCACCGGAAAAUGAGAAAAAAAAGAGGGAAAUUAAAGGAUUAACAUUAUCAGAAGGACUAUUUUUUUUACGAAAUAAACCGGAACAAUUAAUACAUGAUGAAAAGGUAGAAAAAGAAGCAUUUCGUCGGAUUAAAGGAUAUCCAGAAAAGAUAAAGGAAAAUCUUCAUCGAACACAAGUGAUAGUACCUCGAAAAAUAGCACAUAUUCUUCAUACAGAACCGAAUUUAAUCUCAGCAGCAAUACAUGAAUUUUGCCAAAGAGAUCCAAUAUCCUUUAAGGUAUGUGAGAAAAUGAAAUAUUUUUAUCCAGAAGAUAUGGUAUCAGUUGUUAUUAAAAUGACGAAAACACUAUACGCACAGUUAAAAGGACAAUCGUUUGAAAAGCAUCCUUUAUUUGAUCUUUCAGGAUCAAAAUACGAUCAAAAUGUUAUGGGUAUGAAAAUCACAUGUGGAUUCGAAAUGUUAUCAGCAAAAACACCUAAAAAUCAUUUUGAAUAUUCUUUAAAAUCAGAUCCAGAAUGGAAGAUAUUUAUAAAGAAAUUAAACGCAACAGGUUAUUUCGAAAAUGAAAAAGAAGGUUCAGAAAAGUACAAAUCGCUAGAAAAACAUGCAGAAAAAUGCUUUUUAAGAUCAUGCCCGUCUAACCCUCCUAUUACAAAUGACCCAGUAUUACAAAUAUUCGAUAUUUUAAAACAUCCUCUUCCAACAGACGAAGAAAUUGCAGAAUGGCCUAAUACAUAUGACAGUGACAGCUUUUUACAUGUAAGCCCGGAAGAACUGGAUGAAUUGAUGCGUUUAAAAACCGAAAUUUCUUCAGAUGAAGACAAUAUUGAAGAAAUGCCAAAACAUAAACCUAUUUCAAAUAAACCAGUCAAAUCAUUGAUAGAGAAAUUCGAAGAUUUUGUAAAUAAUGAAAAUGCAGGGCUUUAUGGUGUAGAAGUGGAAUGCGAUUCUUUUACAGAUAAUACAACUACUGAUAGUGAUAUAAGUUUUGAUGCAGAUGAAUUCAUAAAAAUCAUGAAAGAAACAUUAGAUUUUUCAGACGAACCAAUGACAGAAAUCAAAGAUGAAAAAAUACAAAAUGAAUCACUACAAAAUGAACAGGAAGAAGAUAAACUUGAACUUAAAGAUUUUAUGAAUGCUAUGGAUACAGAACUUUUGUCUACAACUCUAAAAGAUUCGUUUUCAAAUCUACCAAGCGAUACGGUUGAUUCUAUAAAUGAACAAGACAAAAUCGAUGCAAACAUGCAUUAUAAUCUACUUAAAAAUCUCUAUGAAAGUGUUAAUGGCCAACAAGAUGCAACAGGACCGGCAAAUACAAUGUUGAAAAGUAUGCAUCUUUCAUUGCCAUCAACACAUCUACCAACAUAG